AGAGAGUGUGAUCAAUGUGCCAUCUUAGAAGAGAGCAAGAAAAAUAAGCAGGACCAGAAUCUGUGCCUUAUUGCCAAACUGGAGAAGGAAAGAAACAGUCUUGAGGAUGAAAACAGAAAACUACAUGCAGAACUGCAAAAAUUUAAGAUGUACUGCUCACAGUGCCAGCGGGCUUCAACUCCAGAGGACAAAGACGGUUUCAUCCCAGACUCCCCAGUCCUGCCGAGCUCACUGCCCAUGGCAAAUAAACUGAAAAAACGUAAACUUAAUAAAAACAAGCAUGUUUACUAUGCAGAACUGCCUUUACCACCACCAUCCAACAAUUUGCUUCUCAAUGUGCCUGUUGAAGCGUCAAAGAAUCCUGGAGGAGUGCUUGUACCCAACACCUGUGAAUUGGACACAUGCCAAAUCUCAAAGGAUGUGAAUCACGAUCUGGUAGAAGUGAUUGCAGAAACCUGUGGCCUUGAACAUCUUGACAAGCAUCAGACAGCCAAAACAACUUCAGGCCAGCAAAGCAGCUCAAAAUCUAUCUGGAGGAACGACAUCUUAUUAAAGCCCCACAGGUCCUCCCUUUCAUCCAUGCUGAUACGGAGUCCAGACUCGACCACAGAAAAAUCCCCGUCUCUUCUCCCACAGACAAAGAGGCUUUCAGAAGAUGGCUCCAUUAUCAAAGUAAAAUGGAAAAAGGAGGAACCGGAAAUGCAAAAGAACAGCAAACAAGAGUUCCAGGAAUGGUCGACCACACAGAAACCCAUACCAUCUCAACAGAUCGAACAAAUAUCCGGUGAUCAAAGCUUGAAACAGUCACUGGACAGCAAGACGGAGUCGGCACAAAAAGCAGCAGAUGAUGCUGAAGAGAAGAACAAAGUGGCGUCCAUGUGGAGUGUUGACCCUGCGCUCACCCUGUCCACAUACGACAGUGAGCAGAGUGGAGAUGAGCAAAAAGAAGAAAAGCAUCAUGGGGAGCUAGGAGAUACUGACUGCACUUGGGUCAGUCACAGCUUACUCCAGGGCCGAGGAGACGCGUCAGGCCUUGGC